CUUUUUUUUUCCACCGACAGAAUGACAAAGACAACAGCUUCAAACAGUGGGAUCCCUGCAAUGGACAUUAGUGUAUCAUUUGAUGGCACAUACGUCAUUCUACGCAUCAGCUGUUCUCUGGAGCUGCAGAAUACAAUUUCCACCAUAAUUAACUACAUAUCCCAAGGGUGUGAAUGCCAUAAUCCUUGGUGUAGCUGUACUUGCCCUUGCUUCUGUACCUGCCUGCCAUUCUGGUUUCAAGUAAACGAGUUUUUUUAAGAUGUCAUUUGUAGUUGUGGAGUUUCUGGAUGAAAAGGCAGUUGAAGUUGUUCCCAAGUCAUGGAUAAUGCAUAAAGAAAAAGGUCUGUUUUGUUACUGGCCUCCAAGGGCAGGUGCUGCAGCCAAGGUGAAAAAGGAAGAAAUCCCAGAUAAAGAAAAAUGGAAUUCAUACGAGAUAAGGAUUUUUUCAUCUGCAGAAACCUACAGCAAGGCCCAGGAACUGUCCAGGAGAGCAGAGGUUACGUCAAAUGUUGAAACAGAACCUGAAGGUCCAAAAAGCAGAGCUACCAAAAAGCCUGCUAGAUAUGACUUCUCAGAUGAAGCUGAUGAUGAAGGCGAUAAUCCUGAGUUCUCCCACACUCCAUCUGUAGCUGUUCUGCCACAAUCUCCUCACCUAAAUGUUGGACUUUCCAAAACAAGCUCGCAUCAUACCAAACACUCAGUUGUUCAUGAAAGAUUUUCCUCCCCAGAAUGGUCUGAUGCAUCCUUCAAAACCAGAUCCUCAUCACGGUCCUCAGAAAUAAUACAUGUUAACGCACAAGAUUUGAAAAAAAAAUACACAUCAGCUUCAUCAGACCGAGGUGCAACAGAACUUGUACCUGUUUCACAGACAGAGUUUGCAGAGUUCAAGAGCGCUGUAAUGGCAAACUUCAAGACAAUCCAGGAAAACCAGCGGCUGAUGUUAAGCUGCCUACAGUCUUCUUCCAGUGGGCUAGGGGAUGAUGUGGAGGAUGUACUGCCAGCUCCAGUAAGCAGCUUGGAGGAACUGGAUGACCUAAACUCUAAAUUGGCUGAUCAAUCUUUCAAAAGGAAUUUGACACUGUAUUUGUCAUCUUUUGGAGGGCACAGCCUUGGCGAUGCUGUCCGGAGGAUUUUUAAAAAGCUUGGAACGAAUUCCGUGUGGUCGUUUUACAGCCUCAAAGGAAAGAAAGGGAAGCUACCAUUUAGUGAUCUUCCCAUCUGCAAAGUUAUCAUCAGAGCAUGCAUGAGAACCUACAAAGCAAAAACCUCUGCAGUGGAGCAUCAAAUUAGUGAGGCCCUGAAGCAUGCUCCUAAGAGGAAAGGUAUUUAA